AUUAAUUUAACUGUGAUAUGAAGUUGUUGCCAGCCAUUUACAACUCAUAGGCUACAGUUGCCUAAUAAUCAAAUUUGCUAUGCCUUCACUAUGUAUUAACCAGUCUAUGGUAUUAACAUGUGAGCUAGAAUGUGUCAUUUGGCCUUUUUUGGGGGUUCCUUGUUUUAAUUUGUAUUGACUGAAAUUUGACUAUGGGCUCUGUGGGGUGGUCUUAAAUUUGGAAUUUGAGUUUGACUCUCUCUUUUUUUUUUUGAAGAUGGAUAUAACAAUUCAAACGGGGAAAUCACUUCCAGAAUUACAGAAAUGUAAUAAAUGCUGCAGUGAUUUUCACUGCCCAUUCUGUGCCCCGAUAUAUUUCAAACCGACAAAGUUGUCCAAAGUUCAGAAACAUGUUAAAGGACACUUCAACAGAGCAGUGCAACAUGAAGGUAACAUUAGCAAACAUCUUUUUUUUUUUGCUUUUUGAUUUUCCUGAGGCCAUCAUUCAUGGCCUAUGUGAGCUGCAGGCAUUAUCCUGGCAGGAGGCUGAGGAGGUGUUCCUUCGUGGCCCUACUUAUCACCCUAGUGAAGUUGAGGAAUUUGACCGGGUGAUUGCAAAAAGAAUGAGAAAAGAAGCAACAUUUGCCUACCAGAAACAAGAUGACAGCGAUCGUUAA